AUGCCGGGCUGGGCUCCCGGAGAGAAGAAUGUGAGAAUUACUCGGCCAAGUUCGAUGGCUCAUUCGAACAGGAUCUGUGUCGUCUAUCGACACUGGCGGCAUGGAUUGCCCCGGCAAGCCUCUCCAGAUUUCUUCAACACCCUGUGCGGGGCCGGUUCCGUAGCCUGCAAACACCGGGCCUGCCGUGAAGACCCGUUGGACGUAGCCAGUCCUACCAUUUCUCGGGCUCGUUGGUCCAAACAAGGAGCCUCUGCGGUGGCAGGCCACGGUCUCAGUCAGCGACAAUGCAGGCUAUACCUGUUUUCCAAGCUAAUAGCAACAGCACAAUCACUUUCUCAAACAUGA